ACUUGUGAUUAGGAUAUUCUAUUUAGGAGCACAGCGACCUGCUAAGGUCAAACCCUGAUUCAUUUGCAGAGGUGUUUGUGCUUUGUUAUCAGCAUUAGCAUUUGCAGCUUACAGCACCUUAACCACACAGGGCAGGAUGCGGGAGAGAAGGCAGAUAGCAAAAGCAGAUGCUGGACUCCAUCCUGCAAUGCUCUCAGCAGCCCCAAAAAGCACUGUGUACCCUCCUCUCCUAGGGCUGCUGGCAAGCAGGACCUGGUCAGCACUCUCUGCCUUGGCAGGAUCCAAACCUGUAUUGGCUGUGUGCACAUCUGAUAAGAAUAUCUCUAGCACACCACACUCAAAACAACUCUACAUGAUAGUUGAUGAAGCCUUCAAAGCAGUGCCCAGUCCUCUCCAACACAUUCUUGCAAUCCCCCCGUCCUCUGCAUCCCAACAAACCCCCAAAUUCAUUCUCUUUACAUGGAGAAAAUGAGGUCUGCCCCCUGUUGCAAGCAAUGAGGACCCCCUGGUAUUUACUGUAUGUUAUUUUAGCAGUGUUACAUGUACUCAUGAAUGUUGGAUUGCUGAAGAGCUAGGGGGCAGCCAGCCUCUCUGCAGCUAGUUCGAGAAGGGUCAGGGUGUAGAGGGGACAUGAGUUUCUCAAAGUUGCAUGGCAGUGAUGCUGGGAGGUCAGAAGCUGGCAGGAGUACCUGACAUUCCCAACAGCCCGUUUCAUGCCUAGGCACCAGCCAGAGACAUCACCCAUGGGGAGCACAAAGGAAAGCAAAAGUCAGCACAACCCACCUGCCUCAACCAAGCAUCUUCACUGCAGAAAUCAUCCUUCUCUUAGAGGAAAUGAAAAUAAAAAAAAAUCUUCCCCAUUUAAGAAACAACCAAAUUUCUGAGUGCUUCCCAGUCCCUGGCAGACCACAGCACUGCUCAACAGCUCUGUACCUGUAUUCAGUCUUCAUUUCUUUUAAGGUAGCUUGCCACAAAACUUUCAUCCACAGUAGUAAAAAAAAAAAAAAACAACCCACCUGGGAAUAUUUUGGAGUGAUUCAAAGGCAAGUAUGAAUAUAUGAAAUAAGAACCUCUCUCUGUUUCUGGUAGAACAGUAGGAAAAAGCAUGGAAGUGCAACAGAGAAGAAAGUAUAAGCAACUUUUUGGUUGUUGCUGUGGGAGAUAGUAGUGAACAAACCUACCCACUACGAAGAGCUUUUUCCAGGAAGUGUAGGCUGUCAAAGGCUGUAUCCCCUGAGCAGCAGGCGCUCGCACAACAGUUCUCAUGCUACUUGCAAGCAGCACAUUUGGAGGAACCCCUGCAACGUGCACAGAGGAUGAAUGAACCCUAUGGCCCUGAGGCACCCCGUCCCAUCAGCAGCACAUCUCCUGGCACCAUGAAAAUGUUCAUGGGCUUCCUCACUGUAUUUGUUGUAGUGCAGACCAUUGGGACCGUGCUCUUCUGUUUGUAUCUUCACAUGAAGAUAGAUAAGAUGGAAGAGGUGUUGAGCUUAAAUGAGGAUUACAUCUUCCUGAAGAAAGUACAGAAGUGUCAGACAGCAGAAGGCCAGAAGUCGACAUUAUUGGACUGUGAAAAGAUUAUAAAGGGCUUCCAGAACAUCCAGUGCAAGGACGGACCCCUCAAGGAGCAGCCCAAGUUUGAAAAGCAGAGAGGUCCUGAGCACCAUGAGCAUCCCCAUUUGAUGCACAAGAAUGAGACAUCUGUGGCAGCAGAGAAGAGGGAGCCAAUUGCAGUUCACCUGGCAGUUCAGCAGAGCAACAAGGCAGGCUCAGUGCUGGAGUGGAAGGAGACCAUGUAUGGCCCCACCAACAGCUUGAUAUCCAACAAGGAGGGGAAACUGAAGGUGGAGGAAGCAGGGCUCUACUACAUCUACUCCCAAGUCAGCUUCUGCCCUGGGAAAGAGUCUUCAGCACCCUUCACCCUCUAUAUUUAUUUGCAUAUCCCCAAGGAGGAGGACCGGCUCUUGCUGAAAGGACAUAAGACACAGAGCACCUUGAAGUCCUCCUGUGAACUCCAGUCCAUCCGUGUGGGAGGUGUCUUCAACCUCCGGGAAGGUGACAUGGUUUUUGUCAAUGUGACAGACUCCACAAAAGUGAAUUAUAGACACGGCAACACCUACUUUGGCAUCUUCAAGUUGUAGUGAGGAAAGGGCAGUCCUGAGUUGAGAAUCCAGCCCAAUUAUCUUGAGAAAAGUGUCUUUCCCUUUUCCCGUUAUUUAUGUUCCUCUGCCUCUCUGUUUUUCUUGUUUCUUAAUUUGUAUAUUUUAUUAUUUAUUAAUGAGGGCCCUGAGAACACAAAUGAAACAAAAUUUGAAACUGUUAUUGUUCGCUUUCAGAUUUUUUUCUUCUGCAGCCAGUGACUUGGUACACACUGGUGUUGUGUGUCUAGGUCCACCACGCCCCACAUUCCUGUCAGGGUCAAUGUCCCUGUUAUGUCACAAGACCUUUGUUUACCAAACUCUAUCAACAUUUAUUUCCUCGGAAUGUAGGAUGGCUCAGGGCACUUCAGCCAAAUCGGGUUCAUACAUAUCUCCAGCAUCAAUCUGCUUACAAACAUCAAUGGAAAAACAUAAAAAGGCUUAGGAACAUCUCCUCUAAAGGAAUGAGUAAGCCCAGCUCUGUUGUUACAUGGUAGCUGCUGGUGAGGCAAUGUUGCCAUCCCAACUGUCUGCUGUUAUCUUGAGAACCCCCUUUUUUCCAUCCCUGCCUCUCUGUGAAAAUCAGCUUCCUCAGAGUGCCUCUGCCUUGGCUGUGUUCAUACUGGGUGACAAUCGCUUCACACCACAGGGGUGAGUGGCGGCUGAGGGAGGACUGCAGAUUUCAAGGCAGAGAGAAGGUAGGGCACUAGUGGUGGUCUGCUCUUGGUGACCUGAACCUGUUCACCAGACUGUCCUCCCACCUCUGCAGGCAGAGGAACAUUUACCUGUGGACAGUUUCACUCCCCUGUGGAAGGGGCAAUGGCCACCACCAUCAAAACUGGAGCUGCAUCUUCUCCUGAGACCCCUCCUACCCAAGAAGGAGGGCCAGGAAAGCACAGGGGUGGCAGGAGCACCUACUUCUUUCCUCCAAGGCACAUGUGCAGAGCAUCUUCUGGCUCUCCUGAGUGAGGACAUGUCCACUGUGACACUUUUCCUGGAGCUCCAGGACAGAAGGACUGUGCAGGUAGGCAGGAUCCCUCUUGGGCAGGGGGUACCUGGGUGACACUGCACACUAGGGUCUUUCCAACCCUAUUCUUCAGCUUGGUCUGCAGGGAAGGGGAUCAGGGCACAAGGAUGUUGAUGCAGCAUUUUAAAAAACAUUUGAUGGUGACAUGUAUGACAAGCCUGGGGUUUUUGAUUAUACAGGUCACACUUAGACUGUCAAAGUUUGGAAAUAAUCCUGAAUGCCAACAGGCUUGCAAAUGGAAGAGCUUCUAGAUUUGGGCAGUGUUUAGGCUUUGUUGUGCUGGAGGCUGCAGAUCUAGUCGUAACACGGUGCCCAAAUUCCGCCAGUGGAGGGACAGAAGGGGCAUUCUUUGCACAGCUCAUUGCAGAGUUGGGUGCCCAGCACAGCCCCCUCCCAAGUCAGGAGAGCUCAGGGACUGUCUGGUUUCACGAUAAUUUUCCAAGUAUUUUUUGGCCAUUCUCCAAGACUGCCUAAUGUUUUUAGGGGAUAG